AUGGAGAAGCAGGAUAGAGACAUCGAGUCCGGGAGGCAGGGGAUACCCCACUGGAAACUCAUUCUCGAGCAAGGCGUCGUUACGGACGAGAUCGCGAACUGGAAGUAUGAUGGCUCAGGCACCGAAGAUGAUCCGUAUGUGGUAGAGUGGAUAGAGAACGAUCCUCGGAAUCCAAUGCGGUGGUCGAAGACGAAGAAGUGGGCAGGCUGUUUCUCUAUGGCGUUUGCGACGCUCACAGUGUCGUUCUGUUCGUCAGCGUUUUCAGGAGGCAUCCAACAGGUCAUGUUGCUGUUUGACGUUAGCCAGGAAGUCGUUACGCUUGGUAUCUCCCUCUUCGUGCUCGGCUUCGCUCUCGGGCCGCUCCUGUGGGCUCCCUUCUCUGAACUAUACGGUCGUCAAGUCGUCUUCUUCGGGACCUUCCUCGCUUUCGUCGCGUUCAAUGCCGGUGCGGCCGGAUCGCAGAACAUCCAGACCUUGCUUAUACUUCGGUUCUUUGGUGGCGCCUUCGGAUCGAGUCCCCUCACGAAUGCAGGCGGUGUCGUGGCCGAUCUCUUCGCUGCGAAGGAGCGUGGUCUCGCCAUGGCCAUCUUUUCCGUCGCACCCUUCAUGGGGCCAGUGUUGGGCCCGAUUGUUGGUGGCUUUUUAGGAAUGACCGAGGGCUGGAGAUGGGUUGAGGGUCUAAUGGCGAUCUUUUCCGGCGUCGUAUUCUUCGCAGCAGUUCUGAUCGUCCCAGAGACUUACCCCCCAGUCUUACUGAGAAAGCGGGCAGAGACUUUGUCGAAGAUGACGGGUAAGGUCUAUAUGUCAAGAGCCGAUAUCGAUCAGGGGAAGGUCUCGCUUGGAGAGGCCUUUUCCACCGGCUUGAAGCGUCCUUGGGUCCUUCUCUUCCGCGAGCCAAUCGUCUUCCUCCUUUCCCUGUAUAUGGCGAUCAUAUACGGUACACUCUAUAUGCUGUUCGGAGCAUACCCUAUUGUCUACCGCUUCGGCCGUGGUUGGAACGAAGGAAUCAGCGGUCUGCCCUUCGUCGGCGUCGCCAUUGGAAUGGCGGGCGCUGUGACCUACACGAUCUUCUACGACAACAAGCGAUACCUCAAAUGUGUCAAGAAUGCCCCAGGCGGAUUUGCAGCUCCAGAAGACCGGUUGCCACCAGCUAUCGUUGGAGGCAUCGUGCUCCCGAUCGGUCUGUUCUGGUUCGCGUGGACGAACUAUCCGUCGCUGCCGUGGCCUGCAAGUGUUGCGGCUGGCAUUCCCUUUGGUUUCGGAAUGGUGCUCAUCUUCUUGAGCGUCAUGAAUUACCUCAUCGAUGCUUACACCAUCUUCGCGGCAAGCGUAUUGGCCGGUAAUGGAAUCAUCCGUUCGGUCUUUGGCGCGGCCUUCCCCUUGUUCACAACACAGAUGUACAACGGCCUAGGCAUCCAUUGGGCCUCCAGUAUUCCCGCUUUCCUCGCACUGGCCUGCCUUCCGUUCCCCUUCCUGUUCUACAAGUACGGCGCUGCCAUCCGCAAGAAGUGCAAGUACGCUGCCCAAGCCGACGCAUUCAUGCAAAAGAUACGCGGGCAGAUGGUCCAGCAAGCUCAAGACUCUACGGACAGCUCGCGGAGUGCGUCCCUACAAGCUGAGGAAGAUGAAGAGCAAGAAGCCGCAGACUACUCUUACAAAGCCGAGGAAGAGGCCCGCUUCGAAGAGAUGAAGACCGGGAAGGAGGCGGAAGACGAUGGAUUAGAGAAGGUCAGGACUGCAAGGAGUACGCGAUCGAGGAGGUCGGUGAGGACGGCGAGGACGGCGGAGGGGUAUUAUGACAACCCGUAUGAGAUUGACCGAAUUCAUACGCGGGAGAGCUUCCGGCCCACCCGGAGCAGGGCAAAUAGUAGGGCGAGUAGCAAGUCCAAAGGCUGGUAG